AUGAUAAAAGAAACAGAGGAAUACGGUCAAAAUAAAGAGAAAGAAAAGACCCUUCACAGUGAUAAACAAAACCCUUCUUAUAGCAAAGAAGUCCUAUAUCACAAUAAGCAUGUAGAGAGUGUAGAUGAUGUACUCAAGAUGGAAGCGCAAAAAAUGUACGGAGAAGCAUCACACACUGAAAAGUCUCCACAAAAGCAAGAUGAACAUCCAAUAAAGAACAAUGACACCCAUGCGAAUUCUCACCAAGUAGAAAAGGCAACACUUAGCUCAAGUGGCUCAGGUAGUGUAGAAGAGAACGCACAUAUACUAGAAGGCAAACAUCGUUCUGAUUACGCAAGACAAGCAAAUAGUAGUACCAGCAGUAAUGGUGAUGCUGGUAACACAGAUAAAGAUAGUACAGAUGAAAGUAAGGUUUUGAAUAUGAGUAGCGAAGGAGAUGCGAAGCAGGAGCGCACUGCACACCACACUCAUCUAGACGGUGUUUCAGAUGCAGAUCCCCAGGGUAGUGGUAAGAAUGACGUAGACACAGAAGACGAAAGCUCUCGCCUGAAAGAAGAAAUGUUACGCUUGCGUGCAGAUGUGGAAAACACGAAAAAGCGUCUUGUAAAACUCGCAGACGAUAGAGUAAGAGAAAAAACAUCAGCCCUCCUUUUAGAUAUUAUUGAACACAUUGACAACUUUGAAAGAGCCACUGAAUCCCAGAAGCAUCUUUCACAUACUUCCGAAACUGGAAAUACAAAGCAGAAGGAAGUAAACGCAAUCCUCGAAGGAGUGGAUAUGAUAAAGCAGCAAUUACUCAGUAAUUUAGAAUCAAGUUGGGGUCUGUCAAUUAUUAAAGCACAGGAUGUGGAGUUUGAUCCUACAUUACAUGAAGCAAUUAUGAGAGAAGAAACAGAUAUAGUACACAAACCUACAGUUACCCAAGUGUUUAUGAAUGGCUACAUGUAUCUUGAUAGAGUUAUACGGCCUGCCAAAGUAAAGGUAGCCUUACCUAAGACCGUUGAAAGCAAUGCAAAUAAACAAUAA